AUGUAUCUGUAUUCCUUCGUUCUCGGAGCUCUGACUCUGUUAUCUGCUCCAGUUGUGGCAGCAACAGCAGCUACAACCCAAUAUGAAGUCGUCGAGCAACUACGAAGAGUUCCGGAUGGAUGGGUACAAGGUCCCAGGCCGUCACCCUCGAUGUUGAUGCAAUUCCGCCUUGCCAUGACUCAACCACGAGCCGGCGAAUUCGAGCAACAUGUGAUAAACAUUGCAACGCCCGGGCACAAAAUGUACGGCAAGCACAUGAAGCGUGAUGAGGUCAAGGCCUUUAUGCAACCUUCCGCCGAAGUCUCAGAUGCCGUCGUGUCAUGGCUAAAGUCAGAGGGCGUUUCGGACAACUUGAUGGAGGUAGACAGCGACUGGGCUAAGUUCAUUGUUCCGCUACACCAAGCAGAGAAGAUGCUGAACACGACCUUUUAUAUUUUCCACGAUGAAGACAAGACCGUGUUUAGAGUGCGCACUUUACAGUACUCGGUACCCAGAGAAAUCCAUCAGCAUGUCCGACUCAUUCAACCAACGACCCAUUUCGGACGGAACAAGGCUCACAAGAGCCUAGUUCACAAUCAACAAAAGAUUGACACUGCCGCACAGGCUAAUUGCAACACAUUAAUCACGCCAGACUGCUUACGAGAUUUGUAUAAACUAGGCAAUUUUGUGGCAAGCCCAGAUCCCCGUAACAAGUUGGGCAUUUCAGGAUACCUAGAGCAAUAUGCAAGAUAUGAUGAUCUGAAAGCAUUUUUGAAACAAUACGCACCACAAGCGAAAGACGCCACUUUUACAGUUCAGGAAAUCAAUGGCGGUCUGAACGACCAGUCUUCAAAUUCUGACAGCGUCGAGGCAUCUCUCGACAUGCAAUAUGGGAUUUCUUUGUCAUACCAAACGCCAACGAUAUUCUUCAGUACAGGCGGCCGUGGUCCACUGAUCCCCGAUGCGAGUCAACCCAACGCCAGUGCUUCAUCAAACGAGCCUUAUUUGGAGCAACUCCAUUACCUAUUGAACCUAUCAGACGAAGACUUGCCGGCAGUGCUGUCUACUUCGUAUGGGGAAAAUGAACAAACUCUCCCAGAGUCGUAUACCAACACUACAUGCAGUCUUUUUGCUCAGCUUGGAGCCCGAGGCGUGUCGAUCAUCUUCAGCAGCGGAGACGAAGGAGUCGGCCAGGCAUGUCUCACGAAUGAUGGAACCAAUAGAACACGAUUCAAUCCUAUUUAUCCCGCUUCCUGUCCGUUCGUCACUUCAGUUGGAGGAACCUACCAAAUCAAUCCAGAGCGAGCAGUGGCUUUCUCUUCUGGAGGAUUUUCUGAGCGCUUCCCUCGCCCGUCAUAUCAAGAAGAUGCCGUUGCAUCCUAUCUAUCCAUUUUGGGUGACCGGUGGGAGGAUCUCUACAAUCCAGGCGGACGAGGCUUUCCUGAUGUGUCUGCUCAGGCGCAUGCUUAUCUUGUACGAGAUCACGGCAGUUUUAUCCAAGUAGAUGGAACCAGCGCUUCUGCACCAACUUUCGCGGCCAUCAUCGCAGAUUUGAACUCGGUGCGACUGGACAACAACCAGUCUAUUCUCGGCUUUCUCAAUCCUUGGUUAUAUGCAUUAAAUGGCGCCGGGUUUACAGAUAUUAUAAAUGGCGGCUCAAAUGGGUGCACCGGCAAGGAUUCUAAAUCCGGUGUAGCGACGCCAUAUGUUCCUUAUGCCAGUUGGAAUGCCACUCCUGGAUGGGAUCCAGUCACCGGCUUGGGGACGCCUCUUUUUGAUUCCCUGUCUCAACUUGCUAUUGAGGCAUGA